UCUUAUUGAAAUAGAUAAGUAUGUCUGGGAGAGGAAAAGGUGGUAAAGGACUCGGUAAAGGAGGCGCCAAGCGGCACCGGAAAGUGCUGCGUGAUAACAUCCAGGGAAUUACCAAGCCUGCAAUCCGACGUCUAGCUCGCCGUGGCGGAGUGAAGCGAAUUUCUGGUCUGAUUUACGAAGAGACUCGUGGGGUGCUCAAAGUGUUCCUGGAGAAUGUGAUCCGCGAUGCUGUCACUUACACAGAGCACGCAAAGAGAAAGACAGUCACCGCUAUGGAUGUGGUAUAUGCUUUGAAACGCCAGGGGCGCACUUUGUAUGGAUUUGGAGGUUAAGAAAUAAAGCGUUUACUCGAAUUGAUUUGGAAAAAAAAGGCUCUUUUAAGAGCCACCCACUGUCUCUUUAUAAAGAGCAUUUUCCAUUACAGUCAACAAUUAUACUUCCAUCUGUAUCGCUGAAAUUAACAUGCUUGUUAUAUUUGUUUAAAUUGCGCAUGUGAUUGAUUUAUAGUAUACCAUGUA